AUGAGCGUGGAGGAUCGAAGCAGCAAUACAAACACUGGCGUUACUAGAGGUUGGAUCUGCACUCCCACUGGUGAGCCUCCGCCCUCCACGGUGAAUCGUAAUGAGUGCCAACGAACAACUUGCCUACCCACAGUAUUAUUCAGAGGCUGGAGAAGGACUUGCCUCUACAUUAUCAUUGUACUGCUGAUGAUUCUAGUUUUCCUUAAUAUCGCACUCACUUUAUGGAUUAUUAGUGCGCUUCGACUAACAAUGGAUGGAAUUGGUCCAAUCAGAAUAGUGAAGAAUGGCAUACAUGUAAAUAGUCGCGCUUGGUUUUCGAACAGUUUGGUUGCUUCAACGGUGACGUCACAACCCGCUCAGCCUCUCACUAUACACUCAUACCGCAAUUUCACCGUGCUGGUAACCGAGCCCACAUUUGGAAACAACAAGAGCUUACAACAAUUGGAAGUUGCUAAGCUAUUAAUCAAGCGUGACAGUCUGGAAUGCAGCGGUCGCACGUUUGAAGUUCGCGACCAUCGUGGUGGUGACGUAUUCCGCGCGUCACGCGAUGAAGUGCGCGUGUUCGCAGACGCACUUGCCGUGGACGGUCCCGGCGGAGUCAACGUGCAAACGGCCAUGCAGACACCUUCCAUUAGAGCACCUCCUGGCUCAGAUCUACAGUUGGAAUCAUUGACUAGACGCCUCAGUUUGAGAGCCCCGAAAUCCAUUCAUCUCGAGAGCAAAGCGGGUAAAAUCGACGUCAUCUCCCACCGAGAUAUUAAAUUGGAAUCCGAUGUGGGGGCCAUUCGAAUUGAAGCUCAAAACAUAGUCAUAAGCAAUCUUAAAAAAGCUAAUGUAUCAAAUAGGCUCCAAAAGAAUAUAAGGACCAUGAAGAUUUACCAAUUAUGUGCAUGCGCAUCCGGAAAACUUUUCCUGGCCGCCCCCGAUGGAGUAUGCGCGUCGACUGACGACGAACCAUGUCGAUGA